GUAACAGAGGCAGCUCUGUCUUCAUGUGUGCGUGAUUCCCCGUCGCAGUUUAAAUAUUCCCGCAUAUUUUAACCACCUUAACCCCCCACUAGUCCCCCCCACCCUCCACUCUCUCUCUCUCUCUCUCUCUCCACCGCUCAUCAAACAUCACUCAUCAAAUGCUGCCGUACCAGACCAUCUCCGAGGCGGCCUCCGCCCUCGGCCGGAACCUCACUUUCGGCGAGACCCUUUGGUUCAACUACUCGGCCUCCAAGUCCGAUUACUUCCUCUACUGCCACAACAUUCUCUUCCUCUUCCUCAUCUUCUCCCUCGUCCCUAUCCCCCUCGUCUUCGUCGAGGUCCUCCGAUGGGCCGGCUUCGAUCGCUACAAGAUCCAGCCCAAGGUCCGAUUGACCUUCUCCGACAUGGUCAAGUGCUACAAGGACGUCAUGUGGAUGUUCUUCUCCGUCGUCGGCCCCCUCCAGCUCGUCUCCUACCCUUCCAUCCAGCUUAUAGGGAUCCGAACAGGAUUGCCAUUGCCAUCAGGGUGGGAGAUGGUUUCCCAAUUGUUGGUUUACUUCUUGGUGGAGGAUUACACCAACUAUUGGAUCCACAGGUUUCUGCAUAACAAAUGGGGGUAUGACAAGAUCCAUCGAGUUCAUCAUGAGUACACUGCUCCCAUUGGUUAUGCGGCGCCAUAUGCACACUGGGCGGAGAUUUUGAUUCUCGGCAUCCCAUCUUUCCUCGGGCCAGCUAUAGCGCCUGGCCACAUGAUCACAUUCUGGUCGUGGAUAGCAUUGAGGCAGGUUGAGGCCAUUGAAACACACAGCGGGUACGACUUCCCCUGGACUCCCACAAAAUAUAUUCCAUUUUAUGGUGGUGCUGAGUAUCAUGAUUACCAUCACUAUGUUGGAGGACUUAGCCAGAGCAAUUUUGCUUCAGUUUUUACUUACUGCGAUUACAUUUAUGGGACUGACAAGGGAUAUCGAUACCAGAAGAAGAUCCUUAAAAAGCAGCUCAAAGAAGAAAUGAGGGAAAUACGAUUUCUAUGUACGGCGCUGCGAGCCCUAGGAUACAUCAUGGUCGUCGUCGUCGUCGGCAUAGUCGGCCUCACCUACUACGCCGUCGUUUUGGCCAAUUACUUACCCGCGCUUCUCGGAGGUGGCAUCGAUGCCCUUAUUGCUCUCCCGCUCUUGAUUCUGUUCCAUUUUCUGUUGGUGAUGCUGCUGUGGAGCUACUUCUAUGUUCUUGUAACGGAUCCUGGUGGUGUUCCACUGAAUUGGAGGCCUGAAAUCGAUGAGGAGGCAGGCCAAGGAGCCCCGUUGGUGGAAUCAGAAUACAGUGGUGCAGGUCUAGUAUCCAACCAAUCUGUCAUGGCUUUUGACCCAGCAAAUCAAAAAGUUCGUUUCUGUCGAAAGUGCAACCACUUUAAACCGCCUCGUUGUCAUCAUUGUUCUGUUUGUGGGAGGUGUAUUUUGAAAAUGGACCAUCAUUGUGUGUGGGUGGUCAACUGUGUUGGAGCAUUGAAUUACAAGUACUUCCUUCUUUUCCUGUUUUAUACCUUUCUCGAGACAACUCUCGUCACAUUAUCAUUGUUGAGAUAUUUUAUGGCAUUUUUUACCGAUCAAGAGAUAUCUGGAACACUGGGAACUGUUGCAGCCAGUUUUAUCACAUUUGUUUUGAACUUGGCAUUUUCCUUGAGCGUUUUAGGCUUUAUGAUCAUGCACAUAUCAUUGGUGGCAGCCAAUACCACCACAAUUGAGGCGUAUGAGAAGAAAAGUAUUCCCAAAUGGCAUUAUGACCUUGGUCGAAAGCAAAACUUUGAACAGGUGUUUGGGACAAAUAAGUGGUAUUGGUUCAUUCCUGCAUAUUCAGAGGAGGAUUUAAGACGGAUGCCAGCUCUUCAGGGGAUAGAUUAUCCAACAAGGCCUGAGUUGCAUGCACUCCAGCAAUUAUAAGUAACAAUUGCAGAGGAAUGACACAGUUGCAGCCUUUUCCUUUGUACAAGGGCAGCUGGGAUGCAUUUCUUUCUUGCAAUGUUCUGUCCUUACCAGUCCUUCAUGAACCUGCAGGCAGAAGUAUCAGCUCAGGUUGUGCUUUAGCUUGGGAGAUAUCAUCCUUUGAGUUUUCAAAGGAAUGAAAUGUCUUUUAUAGGUGAUGUCUAGCAUUCCGAACACCAACAAUUAAUUUAUACUCGUUAGAAUGUAGAAGGUGGGAUUUGUGAGGAUGCAUAGAUGCGUUAGUCGAUACGUUUGUAUAGUCAUCUUAUGUAUGCCCUUCAUCGUACAGACCUUUUCUGUGUCAUAGUAUUGAUUGCCUGACCUGGAUUCCAGUGUGCCUCCGAGGCUUUGUAUGAUACAAAGCAAUUCUCCCGAAGCAUUUGAUGCAUGUUUCAGACUUUGAGAUAUGGUAUAUAAAGUGGCCAAUGCAAAGUUUAGCAUCCC